GUCCAAAGAGAGAACUAGGAGGAGAUCAAGAAGGGGUAUUACUAUUACCAGGUAAGUACUGGUAGUAUUUUAUUUUUUAUGCAAUAACUGGAAUUUCUAGCAUUUGAAUUACCAGUUAAGCAUAUUUUUUAUUUUUUCAUUAUAGUUGGCAUGUUCUAACCUUUGAAUAAAUUUUACUUAAGAAUGAAAUAGAUGUAUUUCAUAAUUUAUGGGAAUGAAAGACAUAAUACAUUAAUAUUAUACAAAGAAUGAUAAUCUUGUGUUACUUAUCGGGAAAAAAAAACCGAUGAUCUUGUGUUGGAAAUCCAAGUAAAAGCACAAACACAACACGAACUUUCGCAAAUAAUCAAGCAGCUGAUUAUUUGCGAAAGUUAAUUACCGAAAAAAAAUAUAUAAUAAAUCAUUUUGUCUAAAAAUGUGCAAAAUAACAUUUUUAUCCCUAUUUUUUUAAUCUAUUUUAAUCCAAAAUAUCAAAAGCAUGAAAUAACCAAAUUGCCCUCAUGUAUUACUCUGUCACCCCCCAAAACUCUUCAUCUCACUCUUUUCUCCAUAAAUAUAUAUAUUUUUUGGUGUACGUGAUGAGAUAUAUAUAUCAAUAUAUAUAUAGAAUAAUUUUUAAAAAUAAUUAUAAAUUUAUAAUUAUAAUUUGGUUGGUUUUAAUUUAUAAUUAUAAUUUGAUUGGUGUAAAAAAUGAAAAAUAUAUAUAUAUAUAUAAAGAAUAAUUUUAAAUUUAUAUAAUGAAGGUCAAAGGGUAUUCAAGUCAUUUCAACUAUUUGUCUUAUGUCAACAGAUAGUUAAAUGGGUAGUAAUGUCAUUUUGCAUGUAAAAAUGUAUCUAACACAAUUGAAAAGCAACUUUUGGUGUAUAAGUGAAAAACGGAACAAAUUAUAAAAUACUAGUGAUAGUUAUUUUCGAAAAAUGAUUCAAUAUGAUAUUUGGCCAAACUUGAGGGAGUCCGAAUUCAUCUACAUGCAUAUAUAUAUAUAUAUAUAUAUAUAUAUAUAAAAGAAUGGAGUCCUUUAUUUCUUACCUCUUAAGCCUUGCAGAAAUCAUCAUCAAGAAAGUCACAAUACGUUUCUAUUAUCCUUCAUUUUAAAUUCAGCAGAAGAAAUGUCAACUAACAUAAUUGACGCAGCUGAAAUUAAAAGAACAUUGCGUGAUGUCCAACCAUCGCAUUUCAUUUUCAAGAUAGAAUCUUUCUCUUUGCUUCUUGAAACAAAAACUGAAAAUUAUGAAUCAGAUGUUUUUGAAGCUGGUGGCUAUAACUGGAAAUUGUCUUUAUAUCCAAAUGGGAAUUCGAAAAGAAAUGGGAAAGAUCACAUUUCAUUGUACUUGGUAAUAGAUAAUCCUUCAUGCGGUUUGGAGGUUAAUGUGAACUUUAAAUUAUUUGUCUAUGAUCAUAUUCACGACAUGUACUUAACCAUCGAAGAUGCUGAACCUGUAAAGCGCUUCCAUUUUUCGAAAACUGAAUGUGGAUUUGAUAAAUUUCUCUCUCACGAAGACUUCCAAAAUCCUUGGAAUGGGUAUCUCGUAGACGACAACUGUGUAUUUGGAGCAGAGGUUUUUGUUAUGAAAUAUCCCGGCAAAGUCGAGUGUCUAUCCAUGACUAGUUUUUGUCUAGUGAGAAUGUUUACACCUGGAAGGUUAGAUUUUCAGCAUUAAGUGAAGAACCUGUAUACUCCAAGGAGUUUAAGAUUGGAGGGCGGAAUUGGAAGGUUGUGCUCUAUGCGUAUCUGUGUUUCUGGAAGUAGCUGAUUCUGAAAAAUUAACUCCCAAACUGUUUGCAAAAUACAAGCUAAGGAUAAGGGACCAAGUCUAUGAUAAACACCAUGAAGUGGAAGCUAGUGACUGGUUCUGUGCCAUGAAUAGGAACUGGGGACACCGAAUGUUCGUGUCAUUAAGUGAUCUCUUGCACAGAUCAAAGGGCUUCAGAUUGAAUGAUAGUGUGAUUAUCGAAGCAGAAAUUUCAAUGUUGUCUGUUGUUAAGAACUUCACAUAAAAGGUGUUGACAUUUCAUUUAAACCUUGCCAUAAUCAUAAGCCUGUGUAUGAAAAUAAAUGUUGGCCUUGUAAUUCUGUGAGGGUCUUCUACUCUCUACUGUAUCUUAUAUUGCUAAGUCUAAUGGAAAGACUAGUGAGAGUAGGGACCAACCCUAUAUAUUUAGAUAUACUUUAUGCAAUUUACAAAAAAAAAUACAAUAAAUGAUUGCUACAAAAUUGUCAACACUAGUUUGGAAAUCCCACACUAAUCAUAUGUAAUCUAGUGUAGAUAUGAUGCACCAAACUGAAUUAGACUUUAGUGAUCAAAAUCAAUAAUUAGCUUAUCCGGUCAAUUUUAUGUACCUUCAAGCAUUUCAAACAAUUUGUUUUUUUUUUUUUUUUCUUU